AUGUGGAAAUCACUCAUUUCCACCGGCCAACAAGCAACCCGCGCAACUCGCUUGCAGUUCACAAAGGCUACUCCAUCCGCCACCGCAGCACCUUUCAGCACAACCCCAAGCUUUAAGAAGGGCAAGGAUCCCUUGAUGGACCGCGAGGCACUCAACCCAGAGCGAUCAGAGACUGCCAAAUCUGGCACGGAUGGCGAAGUGGCCGAGCACCCCGCCGCUUUCGAUCCCUCAAAAACAUCACCGGAAAGUGAGCACGAGGCUACCGCAGAAGAGAGCAGACAGCAAGGAAAAGAUGAUCCUUUAAACAUGAGCCCCGCAAACAAGGAUGUCAGCGCCUGGAGAGGGCCGACGGAAGGGGGCCCUGUUCGCAACGAGGAUCGCGACUCGUCUAGUCGCCCUGGUACGACAAAGAAGAACCGUGGUAUUCAUGUGAAAGAGGAUGGGACUCAUGUGUCGUAUCGGGAUUGA